CUCCCUUUCCCGUCCUCCCGUCCAAUGGGAAGCGGCGGAAGCGGAAGCGCGGCGGGCAGUGCGACGUGUGCGGGGAGCCGGGCCCGGCACCGCCGCCGCCAUGCUCGACUUUUUCACCAUCUUCAGCAAAGGCGGGCUCGUCCUCUGGUGCUUCCAGGGAGUGCGGGGCCCCGCCGCGGCCGCCACCGCCCCCGUUAAUGCGCUCAUCCGCUCCGUGCUGCUGCAGGAGCGCGGCGGCAGCAACUCCUUCACCCAUGAAGCCCUCAUGCUCAAGUAUAAACUGGACAACCAGUUCGAACUGGUGUUUGUGGUGGGCUUUCAGAAGAUCCUGACGCUCACCUACGUCGACAAGUUGAUAGACGACGUCCACAAGGAAUUCCGAGACAAAUAUCGCAAUGAAUUCCAGCAAAAAGGCACCUUGGCCCUCUUAAAUGGCACUUUUGAUUUUAAAGACGACUUCACGCGCCUCCUCCGGGAGGCCGAGGAGAGCAGCAAAACCCGCGCUCCCGUGGCCAUGAAGACGUUCGAACAGUCGCUCAAAUCGCAGAAGACCAUCAAGUGUAUGAUUGAAACACGAGGGGAGAAGCCAAAGGAAAAAGUCAAACCUAAAAAGAACAAAGGUUCUAAAAAAGAAGCAACAGAAGUUGCGGUGCCGGGGAAAGCGCCGGCGGGUGAGAAGCAGCUCCCGGGUUCUGGGGACAGGGAGGAGCUGAGCAAGGAUGAAAUCCUGCAGAAAAACCGCGAGGAGUUCUUCAAGAGACACAUGAAAGCCGGAGAGAGAGCCAGCAAAUCUCCAAAGCCGGAGGCGCAGAAGGAGAAGGGGAAGAAGCCCCGGGUGUGGGACCUGGGGAACUCCAAUGCCAAAGUCCUCGAUUACAGCAACUCCGCGACCAACGGCAGCGCUGAGCCUGGUCCCGUGGAGGAAUUUGACCCCGAUACAGCCCUGGGGGACCGAAACCGGGAGCCCGGCCGCCUGUACGACCUGGAGUAUGAGAGCGAUGAUGAAACCGAAGAGAAAAUUGUUCCAAACCCUUCGAAAACCAGCGCGAAGAAAGGCGGCUUGGGGGGAAUGUUUGGGAUGCUGAAAGGGCUGGUGGGUUCCAAGAGCUUGACUAGGGAGGACAUGGACCCCGUGCUGGAGAAGAUGAAGGAUCAUUUGAUCGCGAAAAACGUGGCGGCCGAGAUCGCGGUGCAGCUCUGCGAGUCGGUGGCGAAGAAACUGGAAGGGAAAGUGAUGGGAACGUUCACCACGGUGACGUCGACGGUGAAGCAGGCGCUGCAGGAGGCCCUGGUGCAGAUCCUGCAGCCCCAGCGCCGCGUGGAUGUCCUGCGUGACGUCCUGGACGCCCAGCGGCAGCACCGGCCGUACGUGGUGACGUUCUGUGGCGUCAACGGUGUUGGCAAGUCCACCAACCUGGCCAAGAUCUCGUUCUGGCUGAUCGAGAACGGUUUCAGCGUCCUGAUCGCCGCCUGCGACACGUUCCGGGCGGGCGCGGUGGAGCAGCUGCGCACCCACACGCGCCGCCUCAACGCGCUGCACCCCCCGGAGAGCCACGGCGGGAGGACCAUGGUGCAGCUCUACGAGAAAGGCUACGGCAAAGACGCCGCCGGCAUCGCCAUGGAGGCCAUUUCCUAUGCGCGGAAUCAGGGUUUCGACGUGGUGCUGGUGGACACGGCGGGCCGCAUGCAGGACAACGCACCCUUGAUGACGGCGUUGGCCAAACUCAUCGCCGUCAAUGCGCCCGACUUGGUGCUGUUUGUCGGGGAAGCGCUGGUGGGCAACGAGGCCGUGGAUCAGCUGGUCAAGUUCAACAAAGCCUUGGCUGAUCACUCCAUGGCUCAGACACCGCGGCUCAUUGACGGGAUUGUCCUCACCAAGUUCGACACCAUCGACGACAAGGUGGGCGCGGCCAUCUCCAUGACCUACAUCACGAGCAAACCCAUCGUUUUCGUCGGCACCGGGCAGACGUACUGCGACCUGCGCAGCCUUAACGCCAAGGCCGUGGUCGCCGCGCUCAUGAAGGCCUAAACCACCAAAUUUCUCUUCGCAGAUGUCCGAGAAGAAAAUGCUUUAGUCUUUCCCCUGUAGUGCUGAACAAAUGAAGGGAUAUGGGCGCAAGGGGUGGGGUUUUUUUUUGGAUAAAAACCCCUUUUAUCCAGCAAAAAAACCCUUUCCCCGCGUUCCUUUGUUGUGUUUUAAGUGACACAGGCUCCCUCGCGGGGAAGCUGAGGCCGGAGCUUUGUAUUGUUCGUGCUUUUUGGGGAGUUUAAAGGCUUUUUUUUUUGACCUGCUUUGGGUUUUUAGACCAAUUUAGGGAGGAGAUGAGCGACUUUUUGCUGUUACUGUGGCAGCUCCACCGAAGCUGAUAAACCAAAAAGAACAACAGGGCUGGGCUGGAGAUGGGAAAACGCUCAAGUUGCCUUAAACAUCCCUGGUUUGUCGUCACCGGGACGCUGGAGUGCGGUACCUGGACACCGGGAGCGGGAGAUCUUGAUCCGAUAGUGCUAAUUGUGUCUCCUCGGUGGUGUUUGCUAGGGAAAAAAGGCAAAAAAUGCAUUAAUUUUGGAAGAUAGCGGUGGCUGCUUGCUGCUUCCCCACCCCCUCGAGUGCCUCUUGCUCCCGGUCUACGCGGAAUAAUACAAACCUCUUCCGACGAUGUCUUGUAGCUCUUGUAUCGCAGGUGUGCUCUAGUGCAAUAAAUCGAAUGCUGUCUGCUAAA